AUGGAGAAAGUUGAAUCAAUGAUGAUCGAUGUACAUACACACCUCUAUGAUGAUAAGUUCUUUCCAAAUGGUCAUUCAGACUUUUCUGAAUUGGAACAAAUUUUGCAAAAAUCAUCACAAGCCUCCGUACACAAGAUAAUUCUUGUGAGUGAGGAAGAGGAGACUGCCAAACGAAUUUUAAAUCUAUGUAAAAAGUACCCAAAGCAAUUAGCAGCUGGCAUUGGACUUCAUCCGUGUUGUGUUCAGAGUGAAGAGCAAAUAUCAAGAAUUUCGGAAUUAAUUUUGGAAAAUCAGGAAUUUAUUUGUUGUAUUGGAGAGGUGGGACUUGAUUUUACACCUGGAGUUUUGAAGAAUAUUAAGGAAACGAAUCCACAACUUGAAAAUAUUGAUCAAGUUAAAAAUUUACAACGAAAAGCUUUGGAACAAUUUGUAGAAUUGAGUAAGCAGACAGGUCUACCAUUAAAUGUGCAUUCAAGAAGUGCUGGAAGACCUACCAUUCAGUUAUUGGCAGAAAAGGGAGCUACCAAUGUCUUGAUGCAUUGUUUUGAUGGAAGUGCAAAGGUUGUCAGGGAAGGUCUUCAACAUGGUUACUUCUUUUCAAUUCCAUCGAAUGUCAUUCGUUCAAAACAAUUACAGGAUUUAAUUAAUGUUGUACCUAUGGAUAGAAUUUUAUUGGAAACUGAUUCACCAGCCCUUGUUCCAAAUCUUCCAAAAAGAGAAGAUUUUGAAAGUGAAGAAGUUUUUGAAUUGGCCAUCAAAAAUUCAAGGAAUGACCCUUCUAAUAUUCCACUUUCCGCACAAAUGAUUUCAAAAAUUAAGAAAUGUAGUUUGGAGGAAGUAAUUUCAAAAACACUCCUGAAUACUCUCAAGUUGUUCCCAAAAUUGAAAUAA